AUGUCUCAUAGUAUGUGUAGGGGAACCAGGAAGAGGAGCCGUAAGCGAGAAAGUAGCUGCAAGCAGGGCAGCCGUGGAAGUCAAGAGGAGCAGGAAGAAGGGGUAGAAGAAGACAAUGACAACAACUUUGGUGACACAUGUGAUAUGAGCCAGUUCUGGGCUGAUGGCAUCCAGUGGCCUGUGCCAUACAGGGCUGAGAUGUGCAAGUUGGUGGAGGAUCUGGUAGAUGAACUUCUUUGUGCCUGCCGAAUAUUUUGCAAGCAUACCUUCAAGCCGCAGCUACAGCCAGCCAUUGGGAUGGGCUGUGUCUAUGAAGGCUGGAGUGUCUGGGAGGACAAUGUCCUCUACCGCCUGCCUGUGCCCCUGCAGCCUCCCCCUGGGCAUCACUUUUGUUUGGAGCUGGACACCGCAGAGGAGGUGCUGACCAACGCCUCCUGCCUCCAUGUGCAGCAAAAGCGUGUGUACACCAGGGAGCAGAUGGUGGGAGACAUGCUGUGCUUCCUCCACCACCAUGAGGAUGAUGUGAAAGCCAGCAGCCCAGCCUCCUUGACACCCUUUACACCAACCAACAGCUGCAUUUCCUUUUAA